AUGGCCAGGACAUUCUUUGUUGGUGGUAACUUUAAGUUGAACGGUUCAAAGCAAUCUAUUAAGGAGAUUGUUGAAAGAUUGAACACCGCAUCUAUUGCUGAAAAUGUCGAAGUGGUGAUCUGCCCUCCAGCUCCAUACUUAGAAUACGCUUCUAACUUGGUUACCAAGAAGCAAGUCACUGUUGGUGCUCAAAACGCAUACCUAAAGGCAUCUGGUGCUUUCACAGGUGAAAACUCUGUUGAGCAGAUCAAGGACGUUGGUGCCAAGUGGGUCAUCUUGGGUCAUUCUGAGAGAAGAACUUAUUUCAAUGAAAGCGAUGAACUAAUUGCUGAUAAGACUAAGUUUGCUUUGGAUAACGGUGUUGGUGUUAUCUUGUGUAUUGGUGAAACUUUGGAAGAGAAAAAGGCUGGCAUUACCUUAGACGUUGUUAAGAGACAAUUGGACGCAGCAAUUGCUAAAGUUUCCGACUGGACUAACGUUGUUAUUGCAUACGAACCUGUGUGGGCUAUUGGUACUGGUUUAGCAGCUACUGCAGAUGAUGCUCAAGAAAUCCACCACCAAAUCAGAGAAUACCUCGCUGAAAAAUUAUCCCGCGAAGUUGCUGAUAAAACUAGAAUUUUGUACGGAGGUUCUGCUAAUGGUUCAAAUGCUUCCUCCUUCAAGGAAAAACGUGACGUUGACGGUUUCUUGGUCGGUGGUGCAUCCUUAAAGCCUGAGUUUGUGGACAUCAUCAACUCUAGACAAUAA